CCGAACACGCACAUAUACGCGGGAACCGUGUUUCAGUUGUACAACUUCAGCAAGCGCCGUGCUCUGCACGUUGACUGCGUCGUUAUCGAUGAAGCGGGCCAACUGGGCCUCGGCUCCGCCGCUCUCGUGCUCCGCUCACUCGGAUCACGCGGUCGUAUCGUCAUUGCCGGCGACUCGGAGCAGCUCGCACCCAUCUUCGCAGCGCAGUAUCCCAAGCUCGAGACGAGACUCUUCGGGUCCAUCUUAGACUGUGUAAUGCAUCUUUAUCGCGCGGCGCAGGAAGGUCUCCACGCCGAGGCCACGAUGGCUUCGCUCGUGGACACGGAGCAUUCGUCCGAGCAGGUCUCAUCCCAGCUGAGCACUAUUGUGCAGUUGACGGAGAAUUUUAGGCUUAACCCGGACUUGGGCGACUUUGUCUCCACAAUCUAUUCACGCGCCUUCAAACCGCAAAAGGUGCAGGUGCAGACGCUAGCGACACAUCUGGGCAAUAUCAGAGGGUUACACGUUCAGUGCCGCCCUGGCCUGGAAGACGUUCUGGAAUCGGCCAAAUCCUUCUUGGUCGACCUGUCGAGGGCCAUGCUGCGCAAGGAUCAGCCCCGGCUGCGCCCCCCAGUGGCGGCGGCGGCGUCGCCGACUGACUUACUGACGGUCCCAGGACCACUCCCAAUAUCUCUCGCUAUGAUAUCUCUUAAGGCCAGGACAAUGCACAGCUCGCAGCUGGGGUAUGAGGCCCACGUCCGCGGCGAAGCUGCCCUCGCAGCGAGUCUGAUAUACUGGCUGCGCAAAUCUUGCCCGGACGACAGCAUCUUUGUGGCGACACCGCAUCGCAUCCAGCGGUACGCAGUGAAAGAAGCACUGAAAUCCAUGAAGUCUCUGGAGAGUGACGAGGAUGAGCUCGCUCAGGCCAUGACUACCCUGGCUGUCAGCGAUGCGACAACUACCCAAGUUACGAUUGACACCGUGGAAAGGCUCCAAGGUCUGGAAUCCACCUGGGCUGACAGCAUCAAAGAGACUCAUCUACUUACAGGCUCGGAGGCCGCCUUUGUUAUCUGUUUGUUCUCUGAUACUUUCGCGUCUAGCUCUUCGUCGACCUCAUUAAACUUCCUGCUCGAGAGGCGCAGGCUCAACGUGGCCAUAAGCCGCGCGAAAACACUCUGCAUCCUAGUCACCUCCAACGAAGUCCUGAGACCCUCCGUGCGCGUACUCGCCAACGAGGAAGCCGCGAAGGGUUACACGUUUCUGCGCAGCUACGAGGACCGCGCCUGGAAAGGGACGAUUGAAAUCGACCUGGACACUCUGCAAACGCUCGCGUGAUCCACUUCAGUGCCAAUGUACGGACAUAAUGAUAUAUCGC